UGCGCAGUGGAGGCGCCUCGCAGUGGGCCGGGGCGACCUACGCCCCGCCUUUUGCUCCGCGAUUCGCAGGAUUGCGUGGUAGCACCUUUGUCCCGCCCAGCCUUCUACCUUAGCCGUGAGGCAGGGGCGGGGCAAUUGUGGCUUCGAGGCCCGGCAUGCCGCUGGCGUGGCUGUGCACCCUGGGCGGUAGAGGGGGCUCGGCGGUCUCUCGGGCGGCCGUCGUUGAGUGGGCGGCGGCGGCGGCAGCAGCGGGAGCUGGAGGGUGCGUGAAAGGAGGCCUAGAGUGGACGCUUGGCGGGGUCCGAGGUUUCAGAAGCGCUGCUGUAGGCAUGGCCCCGAUCAAGGUGGGAGAUGCCAUCCCAUCGGUGGUGGUAUUCGAAGGGAAGCCUGGGAACAAGGUGAACCUGGCAGAGCUGUUCAAGGGCAAGAAGGGGGUGCUCUUUGGAGUCCCUGGGGCCUUUACCCCCGGCUGUUCCAAGACCCACCUGCCAGGGUACGUGGAGCAGGCUGGCGCUCUGAAGGCCAAGGGCAUCGAGGUGGUGGCGUGUCUGAGCGUUAAUGAUGUCUUUGUGACUGAAGAGUGGGGACGAGCGCACAGCACAGAAGGCAAGGUUCGGCUCCUGGCCGACCCCACUGGGGCCUUUGGAAAGGAGACAGAUUUGUUACUAGAUGAUUCACUGGUGUCCCUCUUUGGGAAUCGACGGCUGAAGAGGUUCUCCAUGGUGAUAGAGGAUGGCAUCGUGAAGUCCCUGAACGUGGAGCCAGAUGGCACGGGCCUCACCUGCAGUCUGGCCUCCAACAUCAUCUCACAGCUCUGAGGCCUCGGUCCCAGAUGUACUCCUUCUAUUCUUUCCUAUUUCAUAUGCCCAGCCCUGGGCAGAGGGCGCCAGCCUAGCCUCAGCUGGGGCUACUCAGUUGGAACUUUGGGCCAGAUUUCUGUAAUAAACACUUCUGAUUCA